AUGGAUAUCUUCAUCGUUGUCAGAGACGUAGACAUCCACUUGACCGUGGAGAAGACUCGGAGCAUCAUCAUACCCACGGUUGGCCUAGUUCCUGGGGGUACUAGCUCAAAGAGUUCGAGGCGGGUAUCUCUUCCAUCAUCCGACAACUCUCAUGUCAUUCUGUUUCAGGACGAUGACCAUCGACAUUUGUGUGGUCUUGGGGGUUCGACACAUCCCACUGAUGUACAGUCGUCCAGUACUUUGGCCGAUAUCGCUGGCGAUCUCACUUGUGUUCCCGAACAUGUUGGGAUCGAGCCUGCUAUUUGUCUCGGCCAUGAUUGGGGUGCUGAAGUCAUGUUUCGAGGCUACCCGGAGACGACCUGA